AUGAACAGACUUCUGCUUUCAAGAUGUUGUCACCUAACGAAAUCGCGAUGUUCAUUGCCAAUACGAAAAAACACUACGUCAUUACGAUCAUUAAGACAGUACUCACAAUACAAUUAUAAUAAAACCUAUGCAAAUUUCAAUCCACCUCCAAAAAGGUCUUUAUUUAAGAAGUUGUUAUACACCACAUUAGGUUUGACCUUUGUAACUGGUUGUGCCUACUAUAUUUGGUGGCCAAAACAUACGUUUCCAAGUUCAGUAGCUAAAAUAUUAAGAAAAGGUCUUUGGGCAGAAAGUGAUAAGGGAGAAAAUGAUUAUCAAUUGGCUUUAAAAUAUUAUUUAGAAGCUUUAGAACAUUGUCAAGAAAUUGGUAUGGAUCCCUUAAGUGAUGAAUAUACCGGAAUUCAAUUAAAAAUCGGAGAAAUGUUUGAAAGAUUAGGAAUGUUAAGUGAUGCAUCAUUCAUAUAUAAUGAAAUUGCAACUCUAUAUUUAAGUGUUUUAACUGCAAGAAAAGAUCAAGAACAAGGUCCAAGUAGGAUUAAGAAUAGAGAUCAUCGAAGACAUUUAAUUCAAAAGGAUUUAAGGAUUGCCAUAAAGUUAGUGGAAUUAAAUAAAAAUAAUCCUCAAUUUUGUAAAGCAAUAUUGGUUACUCAUUUAAUUAUUGCUCAAGAUGAAAUUAAUAAAUUAAUGAAUCCUAAAGAAAAUAAAUUAAAUUUAUUGAAUAAAGUUAAUCAAGGAGAUCAAACUCAAGAAGGUCAAAAAGGAAAUUUCACAGCAACGUUGGAUAAAGAUAGGAUUAUAAUAAAUGAUGCGAAUGGGAAUGAAGUCUCACAAAUAAAAAAGACACCUGAAGUAUGGGAACCAUUUAAUGAUGAAUUCUUUAAUGCAAUGGAUCUUUUAAGUGCCAUUUGUAUUUCAACUGGUGAUUUAGCUAUGGCUUCCAAAGUUAAAAUUGCAAUGACUGAAGCUAUGUUAUUGGCUGAUGUUGAACCUGGUGAAAUGUUAUUGAGUCAAUGUAAUUUAGGUUCACUUUUAUAUAUGCAAGCAGAAGAACUAGAAGCUCAAGAAAUAUCACUCAAAAGAAAAUUUUCUGAAUUGUCAGGCAUUGAAUUCAAAGUUUUAAACCAAGAUUCAAUAUCAGAUGAUACAACAAAUAAAUUGAAUGAAAAAAUCACAAAGGAAGAUCAACAAAUAUUUAAUAAAAUACUAAAGACUAGGGAAGUUUGUUUACAAUUAUCAAUUAAAUCUUAUGAAUCAGUAUUACAAUUUGCUAAAUCAAUCCCACAAGAUGUAAUCAAACAAAACAAUCAAAUCAAUGAAACAGUUGCAUUAGCCACAUAUGGAUUAGGUGUUAUCAAUUUACAUUUAUCAAAUUAUGAUAAAGCUGAAAGAUUAUUAAGAGAAUCACGAGUAAGGUCAAAAGCUUGUGAUUAUGAAUAUCUUAUCCCUGAAAUAGAAAGAGAAUUGAAUAAAUUAUUUGAAGAGAAAAAAAAUAUAGAAUUAACUGGAUUUAAAAAUAAUGAUAAAAAUGGUAGUGGUGUUAAGACUAUUGAGAUGGAUAUUCAUUUGCAAUAA